AUGCGACAAGAAGCAGUCGAUAUCCCGGCUAAGACACACGGGGAGUCGACAGCAACCCGCGAUUCGCAAGACUCGCAACAAGAUAGCCCAGGUGUUGCCGAAGAUCGGGAUGAUUUCAGCGACGGCAUUGACAGACUUGGCAGCAUGGACUUCCAUGAAAUGAACCGCGUCAGGCACCAUGAAAUGCGCUCCUACCAAGCUCUGGAGGAUUCUGUGGCAAUGGGUCUGAUGGACGCAUCUGAGCUGGAGAGAUACGACGACGACGACCCGACUGCGACCGAGCGUGUUCUGGAGUGCAUUCCCGCUGACACCAAGCCUCUAUCUCGGACGGAGCUUUUAGGAAACGGCAUUGACAACAGCGUGAGAAUAAGCGUGAGGGACUUCUUCGCCGCUCAAGCUUCGGCAUCGCUGGUACACGGGCGAACAGUAGGCAUGUCCCCAGUGUCAGGACUGACUGCUCUGCACUUCCGACAGAUGCAGGACCUAGCCAUGGGAAGGGAGAUGAGUGGCGAUGACGGGUCGAGGAUGGCUACAACAAAGGUGUGCAAGAUUGUCACGAAGAUCGACGACACGGCAUACAAGACCGAACCAAAGCGCCUGUUCUACAACGACACCGAGAUCACGCUUUCGACUACGGAUAAGCACAAGUACCGCGGUGACGGCACGGCGGUCAUCGCCGCUACGACGCGCGCGAACACAGUACUGGCGCCGCAGAGUCUGCUAGCUGAUAAGACCAAUCAGCCUGCCAAGGGCCCGCCCAAUUUCAGCUUGAUGGGUCAGCCAGACAUCUACAAUGCAACAAACCUUGAAAAGCACAUGAAGCAACCUUUGAAGGAGUACGCUAAGGAGAACCUCUUGCUGCAACAGGAGUUGAUCGCGAUGACCCCAGGAGGUUGGCGCGCCUGUGAUGCCAAGACUGGAGAGGUCAUCGAUGACGACCAUAAGCUCUUCAAGGAGGCCUGCGACAUCAUCAAGAAGUACAUCGAGGGUACUAACGACAAGUGGUACCACAACGAAGUGCUUCGUGCACAACAACAAGCUCUACCCCGUACACUCUUGAGAAACGACCCACUGAAAUGGGUCCAAAAGAGGCUAUCUUCGAGACCUGAGGCAAAGCGCAAGCCUCGAAAAGGCACCAAGAAGCAACAAAUACCAACAGCUGAGCCGCAACGCCGGUUUUGUCUCGUCCAUAAGUCACAGUUCCAUUCGGAUACGUACUUUGAGGGUUUUGGGGAUCCCCCUAGUGUUGAUGAGAAGGGCGACGAGUCAAGCGAGCCUCAGAAGCACGACUCGAUGUCUCCAGUGGAAGAUAGAGAAUUGCCUAUAGUCGAGUGGCUUCACUCUCUUGCCUUCAGCCUUGAACGGGUCGUCGAGAAAUGA